GAUGGCGACGCCGUGAGCUAGUCACGUUUGUAUGUGGAUUUGUUGCCAGCCACUUUUAGCUAGCGGUUUUCAGUUUCUCUAAAUUAAGAUUUAAAAUACGUUGAAAAUGUCUCGGUUAAUCGUCAAGAAUCUCCCAAACGGGAUGAAGGAGGAGAGAUUUCGAGGAAUGUUCGCUGCAUUUGGGACUCUGACUGACUGUGGUCUGAAGUUCACCAAGGACGGGAAGUUCCGCAAGUUUGGUUUUGUGGGAUUUAAAUCAGAAGAGGAGGCAGAAAGGGCCUUGAAGCAUUUCAAUAAGAGCUUCGUGGACACCUCCAGAGUGACGGUGGAAUGGUGUAAGUCCUUUGGGGACCCCACAAAGGGCAAGGCCUGGAGCAAGCACACACGCCAACCACCAUCUGACACAAACCAGAAACAGAAUCUGAAGGAAUCAAAGAAGGUAAAAUGGGAGAAGAAAGAGAAGAAAAAGAAAGAAAUCUCCACUCUUCUUGGAGAGUUGGAGCAUGACCAGGGCUUCCAGGAGUUCCUCACUGUUCACCAGAACCGAACUCAAGUUCCCACAUGGGCCAAUGAUACCCAUGCUAAGGGAGCAGACCCCACAAAGGCACAGGCGAAAGAGGCAAAGAAUCCAGCUGUCACAAAUGAUUAUCUUAACUUUGACUCAGACCAGUCAGAGGAUCUGAGUCUGGAUGAGGAAGAAGAUGAUGAAACGGAGAGCCAAAAGGCUUCUGCUGCAAAAGAGGCCCUAACGACUGGCCUGUCAGACAUGGAUUAUCUGCGUUCCAAGAUGGUGAAAAUGACUGAUGUCGCCGAAGAGGAAGAUGAAGACGACAGUGACGAUGAUGACAGUGAUGCUGAAGAAAGUGAAGAGCUGCAUGCUCCAGCCCAGCACACAGACAGUAUUUGUGAAACUGUUGACAAAGAGGGAAAGCAGACGGAGAAAGGGCUAGCUGAAUCCCAUGACAAAGGGAAGGAGAGGCAUAGCAAAUCUCCCAAACAACAACAGACAGAGCCCGCCACUGACUUCACAGUGAAGCUUCGGGGAGCUCCCUUCACUGUCAAGGAGAUACAAGUACGUGAGUUCAUGACACCACUGAAGCCUGUGGCAAUCCGUAUUGCGAAGAAUGCUUAUGGCAACAGGACAGGGUAUGUGUAUGUGGACCUGCGCUCGGAGGAGGAGGUAGAGAAGGCCAUGCGCAAGAACAAGGAUUAUAUGGGGGGGCGCUACAUUGAGGUGUUCCGCGUCAGUAGUGGUGACAGCAGCAGGAAAGGAGCUCGCACUGAGAAGCCGGAUAUGCAUGAAAAAAAAUUUCAUCGGGAGCUCAAGGAAGAUGAGGAGGAGGAAGACGUGUCUGAGUCUGGCCGUCUGUUCGUCAGAAACCUGCCGUACACCAGUACUGAACAGGAGCUGUCUGACAUCUUUGCUAAGUAUGGCCCCCUGUCAGAGGUACACUUCCCCAUUGACAGCUUGACCAAGAAGCCCAAAGGCUUUGCCUUCGUAACCUACAUGAUCCCAGAGCAUGCUGUCAAAGCUCUAGCUGACCUCGAUGGGCACAUCUUCCAGGGGCGUAUGUUGCACAUCUUACCCUCUACAGUGAAAAAAGAGAAAUCGAUUCAGGACCCAAGCACCCCUGGGGCCUCAUCCUACAAGAAGCAGAAAGAUGCCAAGAACAAGGCGGGCAGUGCCAGCUCCCACAACUGGAACACACUAUUUCUGGGGACCAGUGCAGUUGCUGAUGCCAUUGCUGAAAAGUACAACACCACAAAGAGUCAAGUCCUUGACCAUGAAUCCCAGGGCAGUGUGGCUGUGCGAAUGGCCCUAGGAGAGACUCAGAUUGUCCAGGAGACACGGCAAUUCCUGUUGGACAACAAUGUCUGCCUUGACUCCUUCAGCCAGGCCGCAGGCCCUCGCAGUACCUCAGUCCUGUUGGUGAAGAACCUUCCAGCAGGGGUCCAGGUAUCCGAGCUGGAGGCCCUCUUCUCACCCCAUGGCUCCUUGGGCCGUGUGCUGCUCCCUCCUUCUGGCCUUACUGCCAUCGUGGAGUUCAUGGAGCCCACAGAGGCAAAGCUGGCUUUUUCCAGGCUGGCCUACACAAAGUUUCAGCAUGUGCCCCUAUAUUUGGAAUGGGCACCCAUAGGGGUCUUUUCUUCACCCCCAGCAGGAGAGACAGAGAACCCCCCUGUAUCUGACUCAGCAUCAGAUUUCCAGAACACACUCAAAGCUACUGCACAGAAAACCGAGGAGGAGGAGGAGGAGGAGGAAGACGAUGACGAAGAGAGUGUUCCAGGUUCCACGCUUUUCAUUAAGAACCUCAACUUCAACACCACAGAAGAAACCCUGCAGGAGGUCUUUUCCAAGUGUGGUGCUGUGAAGAGCUGUACAAUCUCCAAGAAGAAGGAUAAAGCUGGUGUAUUGCUGUCAAUGGGCUAUGGUUUUGUGGAGUACAAGAGCCCACAGGCAGCACAGAAGGCCCUGAAACAGUUGCAGCACUGCACUGUGGAUGAGCACCAGCUGGAAUUGAAGAUAUCUGAAAAAGCCACCAGGCCCAGUGUAGGCACCUCUCGAAAGAAGCAGAUAACUAAAAAGCAGACCACAUCCAAGAUCCUGGUGCGCAACAUACCCUUCCAGGCCAAUGUCCGGGAGUUGCGGGAACUCUUCAGUACCUUUGGUGAGCUGAAGACGGUGCGCUUACCUAAGAAAGUGAGCGGGACUGGCUCUCAUCGGGGAUUCGGCUUUGUGGACUUCAUCACCAAGCAGGAUGCCAAGAAAGCCUUUGCUGCUCUGUGCCAUAGCACCCAUCUGUAUGGCCGACGGCUGGUUCUCGAGUGGGCUGACUCAGAGGAGACGGUGGAGGCCCUCAGAAGGAAGACAGCCCAGCAUUUCCAUGAUGCCCCUAAGAAGAGGAAACAGUCAGAGGUGUUGGAGAAAAUCCUGGAGGACAUGGAGGGAGGUGGACAGGGGGAGGACUGAGGGAGUAGAAGCCCAGUUCUGUGCAUUUAAUGUUCGGAUACCAUCUGAUCUACGGAGGCAACACAUUCAUAGAGCCUUAUAGUAAACGUACACAUCAGCUGUGACUUUGGACAUCUGCAAACAAAAUCACUCCUACAUGUCAGCGGUUUGAAAUAUUUUCUUCACAACUGCCCAACACAGGGCCAAAAAUGGUAUAAAUGAGCAGCCUAAAACUAAAGCGCAGCUCAGUAAAAAGGAGAAGUGUAUGUUUUCUAUAUUAAGAGACAUGGCCUAUUCACAUGCCUCUUCCAAC